AUGGCAGCCACCGUGAACGUUUUAUUGCCAACCGGCCGUCGACAAAAUGUGAAAGUAACUCCAAAUACACGAAUUCUAGUGGUAAUUGAAAAUGUCUGCAGCAAGAUAGGUGUCAAUCCCGAUGAGUACAAUUUGAAGCAUCAUCAUGGCAUACUGGACCCACAACUUUCUGUUCGCUAUGCCAACCUACCCAACAACUGUAAGCUAGAGCUGGUCAAGGCGGACAGACCAAGAACUGAAUCCACCGUGGUCAUCGCUCUGCAGACCGAGUCUGGACAGAGGCUACAGAAUGAGUUUGUUCCCUCAGUCUCGCUCUGGGAUGUACUGCUGCACAUUGAAUCCAAGGACAGUGCUUAUGCUGGCAAGUUGGCUUCUUCCUCCCAGUCAGAUGAUGCAGGGAAGAUCAUACAUCCAGUUUGUGUUUAUAUGAGACAAGAGGUCGUUGGUGAGGCCUGGCUCAGAGCCACAACUCUUAGAUCCCUGGGACUGACUGGAGGCAAAGCAGCUAUAAGGGUAAUACAUAGAGCGAUGGAGCUCCCAGCCCCACCUGUCACACCAUCAACAAAACCAAUAUCCCCACCAGCUAAAGUUGAGACACAAACGGAACCACUAGCUCAAGUAUCUCAUGAACAGCCCAUAUCUAAAAAGAGGGGUGUUGAUGGAAGUAAACCAGCAGAGGAUCAAAGGCCACAAAAUGUUUCAGCCUCCUCUGAAACAUCAAUAAAAAACAGUGAUUCAAGUCAAGGUGUGGGUGGUGAGUCAAACAAGCAGGCAGAACAAUCUGCAACUUCUGAUGAGCCCAUGGAGGUCAAGGAAUCCACAAGCACAAAUCAGAGUUUCCCUGAGAAGCCUGGCAAGAGUUUGGAUGACGGCACGGGGGCUCGGCAAAAGCAAAACCAAACAGCCACUCAAAUGGAAGUUGCAAAGUUACAAGAUACCAGAGAUAUUGUGCUGAGUCCAGAAUUGGAACAGCGAGCUAAUCAAAUGGGUGCAGCCAUAGCUGAUGCCAUUUUACAGCACCGUACGGAGCAACAACUAAGCCAGCUCAAACAAGCAUGGUCAACUCAACCACAAAGACAACCGGUCUUUACAGAUUUCAAGUUUCCAGAACUACCUGCUGGUCCCAGCCAUCAGUCAGAAAGCCGUCAGCUCAGGGCUGGUAAACAACAGGAGCCGUGUGAGAGGCAGCCAUUGGUCUUUAAUCAGGACCAGAGCAGUGAUGAACUGUCCUCAGCCACUCAGGAUGUACCUGAUGAAUUCUUCAACGUCACCCUGGAUGAUGUCAGGAAGAUGAUGGCUGAUCAGCAGUUACAAACAAGGGCAAACGAAGGGGAGCAGCUUCUAGAAACGCGUGCCAUGAGGGAAGCCAAAUCUCUCAAGAAGGCGCAGCAGUACACCAAGGUGGCUGUUCGUAUCCACUUCCCCGACCGGCACGUUCUCCAGGGGUUCUUCCGCCCCCUAGAAACCAUCUCGGCCUUGAGGGAGUUUGUCCGGUCCAACCUCCAGGACCCCAAGGUUGGAUUCUACCUCUACACAACCCCGCCCAGGUGUGUAUUAAAGGAUGACAAGCAGUCGCUGUUUGAUGCAAAGCUCUUUCCCGCUGCGGUUGUCCAUUUUGGAUCGGAGACAUCUUGUAAGCAGUAUCUGCUCUCGGAGUUGAUCAAAGAGCCGGCGUCUUUCUCCAAAGCUGAGGAGGAAGCCUCUACUGUCAUUCGUACAAAUGUCAUUCAAAGCAGUUCUGGAUCUUUUAACCGCAAAAGUGCUGCUACUGUUUCAGGUGCUUCAACGUCGCAAUCUUCGUCCUUAAAUGUACCCCCUAAAGACCCACCUCAGGGGUCUGGUAAGAGGCAGGCCAGUGGGGAGACUGCUCAGAAAUCAGAGCAGAAGAUACCUAAAUGGUUCAAGAUUGGUGGUAAAAGGUGAUCAUAAUUCUGCACAACAUCGUCUCGAAACGAACUACUGGAGUUUUAAAAUCUAUUGUCUAAAUCCUGCACAAAAUGUUCAAAACAUUAAAUGUUCUCCCUUAUAAAGGGCAACACAGAAUAGUCAAUGUUUAGAAACUUCAAAAUUAUGGGUGGCUGGAAAUCGAAAUUCAGUUUUAAUUAAAAACAAAACAUACCUGUAAUACAUAUUAUGUUGACAAACAAAAUGCCUAAAGCGACCGCAAAUGGCGGAAGGGUUGACCUACUUUCAUUUGAUAAAUAGGUCAAAAUAAAGGUAAUGUCCGGAUAUGAUUUUCCAAUGAUUAAUGAUGUUAACAUACAUGAAAUAGCCCAAUUUCUAAACAAAAAAGUGAAAAGUUCUGUUCAUGUUAUUUCUGUCGAAAUUUUUACUGACAAAGUUUGAUCCAGAAAUAACCAAUACCAGCAAUGUCUGGGGGCGUGUUGUGUUAACUUCACAUAAAUGAAUGGUCUUAAAAUAAAGGGCUAAUCUGGGCCCUUUUUUUAUAAAAUUGUCAUGCCAAAGACUAAAUACAGGUCUGAUACUUCAUGGAGGCAACGAAGGCAAUUGCCCUCGUGCCCCCUGGGCAUUGCCAUGGUACCCUUGAAAUGCUCUGCAGUAGAA